AAUUGGGUGUAUAUAUAUUUAUAUAUGGUACUCCAUUACUCCAUUAUAUGUGUUAUUGAAAAACACUGCAGCUAGCUGCAAUAGGGUCUCUUAUUAUGUGUGUGUGUGUGUGUGUGUAGAUUGGUAAGAAAUAAACUAGAGGGACUGAAUUUGCAGGGUUAAGAGAAGAAGAUUGAUAUAAUAAUAAGAAAUUAAGAUGAAGGAAACACUGAGGUACUUAGCAGGAAUUGCAGGGCCAAGUGGGUAUGGCUCCAAAUCAACAGCUGAACAAGUUACACACCAUUGUUUGCCUUCUCACCUCACUGCUAUUGUCACUGGAGCAACAUCAGGAAUCGGAGCAGAAACAGCAAGAGUAUUAGCGAAGAGAGGAGUGAGAGUUGUGAUUCCAGCAAGAAAUAUGAAGAAAGCAAUUGAAAUUAAAGAUAGAAUUAUGAAAGAGACUCCAAAAGCGGACAUUCAAUUGUUCGAGAUUGAUUUAAGCUCACUUGCUUCUGUUCAAAGAUUUUGUGCUCAAUUUCUUUCUCUAGGAUUUUCCCUUAACAUCCUCAUAAACAAUGCUGGGAUAUUCUCUCAGAAUUUGGAAUUCUCUGAAGAUAAAAUUGAGAUGACAUUUGCUACAAAUUAUCUGGGGCAUUUUUUGAUGACAGAAAUGCUGAUGGAGAAGAUGAUAGAAACAUCAGAACAAACGGGGAUCGAAGGAAGAAUCAUAAACGUUUCUUCAGUGCUUCACGGCUGGGUUAAAAAACACUGUUUCUCCUUUCACCAAAUGCUCAACCCACUCCCAAACAAUUAUAAUGGUACACGAGCAUAUGCUCAGUCAAAGCUAGCCAACAUAUUGCAUGCCAAGGAAGUCGCCAGACAGCUCAAGGCCAAGAAUGCAAGAGUAACUAUCAAUGCAGUUCAUCCAGGCAUUAUAAAGACUGGGAUUAUUAGAGCUCAUCAUGGAUUUAUUACAGAUUCCCUCUUUUUUAUUGCAUCCAAGCUACUAAAAACUACCUCUCAGGGAGCAUCAACGACAUGUUAUGUUGCAAUGAGCCCACAGGCAGAAGGAUUGAAUGGGAAAUAUUUUGUUGAUUGUAAUGAGAGCAACUGUUCAGCCCUAGCAGAUGAUGAGUCUCAAGCUCAAAUCCUUUGGACUCAUACCCAUGCACUUAUUCACAGACAUUUUCCUGCAUCAUCAAAUUUCUAAAUUAACAAUCUUUCUCAUUUCUUCUCUCUUGUAAAACCUUUUAGGAUAAUCCAUGGGCGAAUGUGUAUAUACUAUAUAUGCAUCCAUAUGUAAAGACUAGUAUGAAUUAUAGAUGACGAUCAUAAUAAACAUAAGGGCAAAUUUAAUUAGGACCAUUUAUUAAUUUCUUCCUACCUACCCUUUAUAUAUCUUUGGCAUUUGCUACACUUUCAAUCUCGUAUCUAAUAAAA